AUGGCGGAAGAACGUGGAAGCCUUAUCCGGCACGGCGUCAAUGUCGUAGAACAAGUAAAAAAACCGACGUUACAAAAACCCACGUUACAGAAACCCACGUUACAGAAACCCACGUUACAGAAACCCACGUUACAAAAACCCACGUUACAAAAACCCACGUUACAAAAACCCACGUUACAGAAACCCACGUUACAGAAACCCACGUUACAAAAACCCACGUUACAGAAACCCACGUUACAGAAACCCACGUUACAGAAACCCACGUUACAGAAACCCACGUUACAGAAACCCACGUUACAGAAACCCACGUUACAGAAACCCACGUUACAGAAACCCACGUUACAGAAACCCACGUUACAAAAACCCACGUUACAGAAACCCACGUUACAGAAACCCACGUUACAAAAACCCACGUUACAGAAACCCACGUUACAGAAACCCACGUUACAAAAACCCACGUUACAAAAACCCACGUUACAAAAACCCACGUUACAGAAACCCACGUUACAGAAACCCACGUUACAGAAACCCACGUUACAGAAACCCACGUUACAAAAACCCACGUUACAAAAACCCACGUUACAAAAACCCACGUUACAAAAACCCACGUUACAAAAACCCACGUUACAAAAACCCACGUUACGCUUCAUUUUUCCGUGCCUGUAG